UUCAAGUUGUGAAGUUAUUUGUGAUGAUAAACAUCCUCUCUGCCUUCAGUCAACAUGGGCGGAGCUGUCAGUGCCGGAGAGGACAAUGACGACUUGAUUGACAACCUGAAGGAGGCGUACUACAUCCGCUCAGACCUGGUGGAGCGGGCCUUCAGAGCCAUCGACCGCGCUGACUAUUACCUGGACGAGUACCGGGACAACGCCUACAAGGACUUGGCGUGGCGGCAUGGGAACAUCCACCUGUCGGCUCCCUGUAUCUACUCUGAGGUGAUGGAGGCUCUGGACCUCUGCCCCGGACUCUCCUUCAUCAACCUGGGCAGUGGCACCGGGUACCUCAGCACCAUGGUCGGCCUCAUACUGGGACCCUUCGGAGUGAACCAUGGGAUCGAGCUGCAUACUGAUGUGAUUGAGUAUGCAUACCAGAGGCUCGACUGCUUCAUCAAAACAAGCGACAGCUUCGACAGGUUUGAGUUCUGUGAGCCCUCCUUCGUGGUGGGGAACUGUCUGGAGGUUCCUCCGGAGAGCCGUCAGUACGACCGGGUGUACUGUGGGGCGGGGGUGCAGAAGGAGCAUGAGGACUACAUGAAGAACCUGCUGAAGGUGGGGGGCAUCCUGGUGAUGCCUCUGGAGGAGAAGCUGACCAAGAUAACCCGCAUAGGGCCGAACAGCUGGGAGACCAAAAAGAUCAUCUCUGUGUCCUUCGCCCCUCUGGCACUGCCCAAACACAGCACCAAUGGAAAACCCAAGACUGUCCCACUGCGUGAGUCUCCUCUUCACCGUUAUUUAAAUAUGGAAAUACUAGUAUGA